GACAAAAUGACGUAUACGGCAAGGUCAUGUGACGCGGACAUCCAAGAUGGCGGUUGGGCAACAGUGGGUGUUAGUUGAGAUGGUGCAAGCUUUUUACGAGGCACCAGCGUAUCAUUUGAUUUUAGAAGGAAUCUUGAUAUUAUGGAUCAUCAGACUGUUGUUCUCAAAAACGUAUAAGCUGCAGGAGAGGUCUGAUCUGACCGAUAAGGAGAAAGAGGAGUUAAUUGAAGAAUGGCAACCAGAGCCUCUGGUUCCUCCUGCAUCGAAAGAUCAGCCGUAUCUGAAUUAUGACGUCGUGACGGGCUCUCCAAGCCACAAAAUGAUCGUUAAUGGCAAAGAGUGCAUUAACUUCGCCUCGUUUAACUUCUUGGGCCUGCUGGAUAACGCACGUGUCAAGAAAAAGGCGCUCGCAUCUCUUAGGAAGUAUGGCGUGGGCACAUGUGGCCCCAGAGGCUUCUAUGGAACGUUUGAUGUUCACCUGGAGUUAGAGGAGCGCUUGGCUAAGUUUAUGAGAACAGAGGAGGCCAUCAUCUACUCUUACGGCUUUGCAACCAUAGCUAGCGCUAUUCCUGCCUACUCCAAGCGAGGCGACAUCGUAUUUGUCGACGAGGCAGCGUGUUUUGCAAUCCAGAAAGGUUUACAGGCUUCCCGGAGCUUCAUUAAGUACUUUAAGCAUAACGACAUGGAGGACCUGGAGCGGCUGCUCAAGGAGCAGGAGCUGGAAGACCAGAAGAAUCCACGCAAAGCCAGAGUCACCAGAAAAUUCAUUGUAGUGGAAGGACUGUAUAUGAACACAGCAGACAUCUGUCCACUUCCACAGCUGGUGAAGCUGAAGUACAAGUAUAAAGUUCGCAUCUUUUUGGAGGAAAGCAUGUCUUUUGGUGUGCUGGGAGAGCAUGGACGCGGUGUCACGGAACACUUCGGAACGAAUAUCGAUGACAUCGACCUCAUAAGCGCCAACAUGGAGAACGCAGUGGCCUCCAUCGGCGGAUUCUGCUGCGGACGAUCGUUUGUAAUUGAUCAUCAGCGUCUGUCUGGACAGGGCUACUGUUUCUCAGCUUCCCUUCCACCCAUGUUGGCUUCUGCUGCUAUUGAGGCUCUCAACAUCAUGGAGGAGAACCCAGAGAUUUUUACCAUCCUGAGAGAAAAGUGUAAAUAUGUCCACAAAGCACUGCAAGGAAUUCCAGGCUUGAAGGUUGUUGGGGAGACGUUUGCUCCAGCAUUCCAUCUCCAGCUGGUGAACAGCAGCGGAUGCAGAGAAAGUGAUGUUAGGAGACUACGCUCCAUCAUUGACUAUUGUUUGGACAGACAGAUCGCUCUCACUCAGGCUCGCUACUUAGAUAAAGAAGAGCGUUUCCUUCCACCACCCAGCAUCAGAGUGGUGGUGACUGUUGAGCAGACUGAGGAGGAAAUCGAGAAGGCAGCAUCCUGUAUUCGAGAGGCAGCUCUUGCUACACUUUAAUAAAUGCGAACGCUUCCAGCAUGAUGUCAAACACUGAAAUAAACAAUAACACAUCUGUCCA